AUGUAUGAAAAUGAUGUUAUCUAAGUUACAUAAUCUUAUGAUCUUACUUAUAUAUUUUGGGAUGUUAAAACAGAAUAACAAAAUUAGGAUAUAAAUUAUAGAGAUAAAUUAAUAGUGAACAGAAUUGAUACAUCUAAAGAAAAGAAGUAUUAGGCUGCUGCUAUCAAUUUUUUUGACUCUUAUUAUAAUGAGAUCUCUUAAAUCAAGAAAGUUGUUUAUAUUUAAGAUAGAUAUAAUAAUAAUAUUAUAAGAAUCGGAUUUUUUUAAAGAUAUCAAUUUCGUUUAUACUUUUUUUGA